AUGGACAAGACCAGCCAGGUGGUGGCCACUGUCCUAGGUGAGCUGGCCCAGAAGCUGAAGCCCCUCGGGGAGCAGGAGCCCGUGAUCCUGGAGCUAAAGAAGGCCGAGUGCCAGAGGCGGGGCCUGCACUUGGACGGCCCCAUCAACGCCUGGGACCUGCGCUACUACAUGAACCAGGGAGAGGAGACGCGCUACCACGUGAACCUGUACCUGCUCAAUGAGGCUUUCCCCAUGCAGGCGCUCACACGCGGGCUGCUGGCCAUCUCCCAGGAGCUGCUGGGGCUGACCUUCGACCUGGAGGAGGGCACCAGCAUGUGUCACGAAGACGUGAGGCUCUAAACGGUCUGGGACGCGGCCUCGGGCAAGGUCAUCCAUCGGCAAGUUCUACCUGAUCUCUAUCCUCGGUGCGUGCGUGGGGGAACCUGUCGGCCGUGGGCCGGGGCUCCUCUGUGGAAGCGGGGCCCCAUCCACGUCCCUCCGCAGGGUGGGGAAGUCCGGGCACGCGGCCUGCUUCGGCCUGCAGCCGGGCUGCCUACAGCACGAUGGGAGCUGCCAGAUUGCCAUCGCGGCCAUGGUGGCCAACUUCACCAAGCCUACGCCCAACCUGCCCUCCCUGCUUGCAGCAUGAUGAGCGGGAGACCAACUUCCACGACGUCGGGCACGCGAUGCACCAGCUCCGCUCCCAGGCGCAGGGCUGCAGGCAGGGGGCGGGGAGGGCCCGGGCGUGCGUGGUCCUCAGGCAGGCCCUCGCCAUGGGAUUCUUCCACUGACAUCACCCCGCACGUGGUGACGCCCUCGGUGUCAGCUUCCAUCAUCAGACCCCAGGCACUGGGCGCCACCGUCCCUCAGGAGCUGCUGGACAAGCUCAUCAAGUCCCGGGAGGCCAACCCAGAUGCGGCCGGACCGAGGGAAGGGAAGGGGGCUUCCGGUCUGCCCGGCUGGAAAGCGCGGCCUGGACACGGUGCCAGCCCCCCGUCUCCUUCCUCCCGCCCCCCAGGCCUCUUCAACCUGUGCCAGAUCGUCCUGGCCAAGGUGGUUCAGGCCCUGCACACGCAGACUCCCGCGGACCCGGCCCAGGAGAAUGCCCGCCUCUGCCAGGAGAUCCCGGGGUUCCCAGCCAUGCCAGGUGCCAGGAGCCAGAUUCAGCCUACAGGCCUCUUCCGCUCAUCUGGAGGCGAAACCACGUGUAAGGAUUAG